GACAGAUUCAUUCAUUUGAAAACUGUCAAUAAGUUCGAACUGCGAGAAAACAAAACAAAACAUACGCCAAACAAAAGUGUAUACAAACUAACAAAACAUUAAGCUGAAUUUUAAUAAUACUUCGAAAACGAAAACACAUUUGUGACCUGAAAAUCCUUGUGCUCAAGUGUCUUCUUAUCCCAAAAAUUUGAUAUCUUGUGCGGAACUUAAUGAAAUACAAAAAUAAUCGCGGCACAAUUCUGCAAAUACAAUUUAGAACAUUUUUACGUUAGUUGGGCGUUAAUGCGAAAUCAAAACUACAACUCAGACGAACUCAAAGGAUUUUUAGCGUAAGGAUUAAACAACAUUU